AUGAUUCUUACUGAUCGUUCUCUUGUACACGACACAUCACGUCGACGAGGUGUCGAAUUUGGUAAUGAUCAAUCAGCGAACGCAGCUCGGUCAUCUGGUCGACAUAUGUCGAUCAGUCAUCAUGGUCCUAUGCAUGAUCUUCUCAGUGUUAGCAGUGCAGCUGCACCAGGCGAUAGUGAAGUCCCGCAAACAUCAAUUGCUAAUUGUCUUGUGCCCGGUAGUUUAGCAGUUGCUGCCAGCAAAAAAUCAUCAACACUCCUACCAUUGUUUAUGUUAGAGAAGAACAAGGCAUUUUCUCGUCCACUCGAUGAAGAGUUAACUCUCGAAGAACAAUUAGAAGCAUCCAAACAUCCCGAUUUUGAAUCAACGGAACGUGUUGUCAUUAAUGUCUCCGGUUUGAAAUUUGAAACGCAAUUGCAGACUUUGAAUAAUUUUCCUCGAACACUACUCGGUAAUCCUUCUCGACGUGUCUGUUUCUUUGAUCCGCUACGAAACGAAUACUUUUUCGAUCGAAACCGGCCAAGUUUCGAUGCGAUUCUCUACUAUUAUCAAUCUAACGGUCGACUUCGACGUCCAAAUCAUGUGCCGAUCGAUGUAUUCACAGAAGAAAUCAAAUUCUUUGAAUUGGGUGAAGACGCAUUCAAUAAAUUUCGUGAAGACGAAGGUUUCAUCAAAGAAGAAGAACGCAUAUUACCCAAGCCCGAAGUCCAACGGAAGAUUUGGCUUCUAUUCGAAUAUCCCGAAACGUCGCAAUGGGCACGCGUAAUUGCUCUCAUCUCUGUCAUUGUUAUUCUUAUGUCGAUUGUCAUAUUUUGUCUCGAAACUCUUCCCAAAUUUAAACGCUAUCGCGUUCGACCAGCUGACAACACAUCUUAUGAUUCAUCUCGUUUAACUAUUGAAGAAGAUGACAUACCUGAACUUACUGAACCAUUUUUUAUUAUUGAAACAUGUUGUAUUAUAUGGUUUUCAUUCGAAUUGAUCGUUCGUCUCAUUUCAUGUCCAUUGAAACUUGUCUUUCUCAAAUCAAUGAUGAAUAUUAUUGAUAUAGUCGCUAUUGUACCUUAUUUCAUAACAUUAUUUACAAUCUUAGCUGAAGAAAAAACCAAAUCUAAUCAAGCGAUGUCACUAGCUAUUCUACGUGUUAUUCGUCUUGUUCGAGUUUUUCGUAUCUUUAAACUAUCGAGACAUUCAAAAGGCCUACAAAUCUUAGGUCAAACAUUACGUGCAAGUAUGCAAGAAUUAGCUCUAUUAAUAUUCUUUCUCUUCAUUGGUGUUAUCCUAUUCUCUUCGGCGGUCUACUUCGCUGAACAAGGUGAACCGGAAUCAUUUUUUAAAUCUAUACCUGAUGCAUUCUGGUGGGCAAUGAUUACCAUGACAACGGUUGGUUAUGGAGAUAUGAGACCAGUGGGUAUAUUUGGUAAAAUUGUUGGUUCGAUGUGUGCUAUUGCCGGUGUUCUUACGAUUGCUCUACCUGUUCCUGUUAUCGUAUCGAAUUUCAACUAUUUUUAUCAUCGAGAUAUUGAUUCUGAAGAGCAAAAAGAUAUCAAAUAUUCUAAUGGAGGAACAUGUACUCCACCACCUGGUGAUGCAGCAACAGAUCAGUAUACAUUAUCAGUGCCAGGAACGAAUCAUGGUGGAGGAACAUUGAAAGGAAAGAAAUCUAUCUCAUCAAUGGAUGCACAUUAUCAUUUGGAUGAAUCGGAUGCGUUUCUUCAUUCGUAUUCCGUUGCUGAAGAUGCUACUCAUCGUUCUCCAACGCCAAAUCAUAAAAAUGUGCGAACAUCUCCAACGCAACAGUUAACUCAAAGAAAGAUCUCAGCAACCAUCAAUAACAAUAGUUUACACACAUCGACUGAACCACUGAACGUUGAAACAGAUGUCUAG